UGCAUUGCUGACACGUGAGCGCGCGCAGCUCCGCCGCCGAGCCACCGCGGGAAAAUUCCAAAAACACUCAAAACAAAAAGCCAAUACGAGGCAAAGCCAAAUUUUCAAGCCACAGAUCCCGGGCGGUGGCUUCCUUUCCGCCACUGCCCAAACUGCUGAAGCAGCUCCCGCGAGGACCACCCGUGGUGAUUAUGGAGGCUAGGUGUUGAGAUGUCUGAGCACCUGUCAUGCUGGAUCCAUGAGUGACUGUGGAGUAGAACACCGGCCCCACCCCACAAACACAUUUAAUGUGUGCCCAACAUUUCCUUCAGUGCUGGACAGGCUGCUGUGAAGGGACAUCAUCUUUUCCCUUUUUCCAAGAUGGCUCAAGAUUCAGUAGAUCUUUCUUGUGAUUAUCAGUUUUGGAUGCAGAAGCUUUCUGUAUGGGAUCAGGCUUCCACUUUGGAAACCCAGCAAGACACCUGUCUUCACCUGACUCAGUUCCAGGAGUUCCUGAGGAAGAUGUAUGAAACCUUGAAAGAUAUGAAUUCUAAUACAAUCUUUGAAAGAUUCCCCACAAUUGAUCAACUGUUGGCAAAAGCUUGUUGGAAUCCUUUUAUUUUAGCAUACGAUGAAAGCCAAAAAAUUCUAAUAUGGUGCUUAUGUUGUCUAAUUAACAAGGAACCACAGAAUUCUAGACAAUCAAAACUUAACUCCUGGAUACAGGGUAUAUUAUCUCAUAUACUUUCAGCACUCAGAUUUGAUAAAGAAGUUGCUCUUUUCACUCAGGGUCUUGGAUAUGCCCCUGUAGAUUACUAUCCCGGUCUGCUUAAAAAUAUGGUUUUAUCAUUAGCGUCUGAGCUCAGAGAGAAUCAUCUUCAUGGAUUUAACACUCAAAGGCGAAUGACUCCCGAGCGAUUGGCGUCCCUGUCACGAGUCUGUGUCCCACUUAUUACCCUGCCAGAUGUUGACCCUCUGGUGGAGGCUUUGCUCGUCUGUCACGGACAUGAACCUCAGGAAAUCCUCCAGCCAGAGUUCUUUGAGGCUGUAAACGAGGCCAUUUUGCUGAAGAAGAUUUCUCUCCCCAUGUCGGCUGUAGUCUGCCUCUGGCUUCGGCACCUUCCCAGCCUUGAAAAAGCAAUGCUGCAUCUUUUUGAAAAGCUAAUCUCCAGUGAGAGGAAUUGUCUGAGAAGGAUCGAAUGCUUUAUAAAAGAUUCAUCGCUGCCUCAAGCAGCCUGCCACCCUGCCAUAUUCCGGGUUGUUGAUGAGAUGUUCAGGUGUGCACUCCUGGAAAGCGAUGGGGCCCCGGAAAUCAUAGCCACUAUUCAGGUGUUUACGCAGUGCUUCGUAGAAGCUCUGGGGAAAGAAAACAAGCAGCUGCGGUUUGCACUCAAGACCUACUUUCCUUACACUUCUCCAUCUCUUGCCGUGGUGCUGCUGCAAGACCCUCAAGAUGUCCCUCGGGAACACUGGCUGCAGACACUGAAGCACAUUUCUGAACUGCUCAGAGAAGCAGUUGAAGACCAGACUCAUGGGUCCCGCGGAGAUCCCUUGGAGAGCUGGUUCCUGUUCGUUCACUUCGGAGGAUGGGCUGAGAUGGUGGCCGAGCAGCUACUGAGGUCGGCAGCCGAACCCCCUGCGGCCCUGCUGUGGCUCUUGGCCUUUUACUACAGCCCCCAUGAUGGGAGGCAGCAGAGAGCACAGACCAUGGUCCAGGUGAAGGCCGUGCUGGGCCACCUCCUGGCGAUGUCCGGAAGCAGCAGCCUCUCAGCCCGGGACCUGCAGACAGCAGCAGGACAGGGCACAGAAACAGACCCCAGAGCUCCUGCACAACAGCUGGUCAGGCGUCUGCUCCUCCACUUCGUGCUCUGGGCUCCUGGAGGCCACACGAUCGCCCACGAUGCCAUCGCCCUGAUGGCGCACACUGCUGAGAUAACUUACGAGAUCAUUGGCUUUCUUGACCAGACCUUGUACAGAUGGGAUCGUCUUGGCAUUGAAAGCCCUAGAUCAGGAAAACUGGCCCGAGAGCUCCUUAAAGAGCUGCGAACUCAAGUCUAGAAGGCACGCAGGCCGUGUGGGUGCCCGGCAUGAGGGAUCAGGCUCGCCAGGGUCACAGGACAGAUGAUGACCUGUGGCCAUGCGUUUGUGGAGUAAGUGCCCUCUUUGGGCUGUGAGAAUGAGCCAUACACGUCUUGGGAAGAUCUGCUAGUAUCUGUUUUACAAAAUGCAGAGCCAGGUCCCUCAGCCCAGACUCAGUCGGACAUAUUCACCAAUGACUUGAGUGAGCCUUCAGCACUCCUGGUGUCCACCCGGCCAGACCGUCAGCUGGAGAAUUACUAAAGCAAAGGCUUGGGUGGGAGAACAGGUUUCUAGUUUUUACCCAAGUCUAGAUGCACAUCUAUUAUUUAAAGAUUCAGAACCUUAGAACCAAGAAUUUGGUGAUGAACCAUUGAAGAAUUGAGAGAGAACUCAGCUCUUUUUAGACUCUUUUCAGGAGUCAGGGAUCUGAGAUAAAGCCACGCUGUCUUGCUGUAUGGAGAAAUUCUCCAAGGGGAGUCAGGGUCCCUCAGGCUUCCCUUGUGUCUCCCUGGACCUGCCUGAUAGACCACAGGAGCAGACAGAGCUCACCCAAGCCUGGGUCUCCUGCACAUGCUUUCCACUCUAUUUGCUAAAUGCUGACUGCCACCAGAGAGCUCCUGGGACGUGAGAGGAGCUGGCAGGUGAAGGUGGAGGACGUGUUCAGAAACAUUCAAAGGCAGGAUUCAUAUCAGUUAGUUCUCUUGUUAAAUGGAGAUGGGAAUUGGAAAUUCCUGAUAAAGAAUUGACCUGGCUGGGCGCAGUAGCUCACACCUGUGAUCCCAGCACUUUGGGAGGCUGAGGCAGGGGGAUCACUUCAGCCCAGGAGCUCCAGACCGGCCUGGCCAACGUGGCGAAACUCCCUCUCUACUAAAAAAUACAAAAACUAUUGGAGUGCAGUGGUGGGCGCCUAUAUCCCAGCUAUUCGGGAGGCUGAGGCAUGAGGAUCCCUUGAACCUGGGAGGCAGGAGUUGCAGUGAGCCGAGAUCACACCAUUGCACUCCAGCUUGGGCACCAGAGUGAGACCCUGUCUUAAAAAAAAAAAAAAGGCGUUGGUGUCAUCUCAAGGUUACCGUUUAUUUCAUGUCGGUAGAGGAUGCUUUUUCCUUUCAGAGACGUUCUGGAAUUGUAUUGAUUGUACGUUCUUUUGUGCCUGUUCUGUUUGUCAAGUGAGUCAAGACUUGCUUUUGUCCACUUUGAUUUAUGUGUAUUAGGCUGAGUCUUGGCUCCGUUUUGAGGCACGAGCAGAGUUUCGCUGGAUUAGAGGUUAACCUUUAGGGAAAUUCCUUUUCUCGGUAUGUGGCAAUGCUAAUAGAGCCACCUGAAGAUCUGGAAAAUUCCAGGAACUUUUCACCCGAGCUUUUCUUCUGAGAAAUGCUGCAGUCAGAAGGGUGUGCUGGUAAAAUGUUUUGGUGGCAGCUGCCUUCAUGAUCAUUGUUUUCAUGUAACACGCUCUGUGCCAUCACGACCCUUACCCUCAUAUAACACACACACUUCGUCAGAGGUGUCGGGGUUGAAAAAGGAGCUGCAUGCUUCACUGGAGUUGAGGGACUCUCUCCUGUUCUGACUUGGAGCCAGAACUUGUGGCUGGCCAUGGAAGCUCUGACGCCACUGUGGACAUGGUGGCAGCAGGGAACCCCUAGAGAGAGGGGUCACUGGGACCAGGCCGUCUGUUGUCCAGGGGCUUCCUGGGACAGUCCUCACCCUGUCCCGUGGUCCUGUUUACGGGGUUGGCCUUCCCUCCUCCCCUGCCAGGCCUCUGACCAUGCCCCUUCCGUCUUCUCCACCUGGGACUCGUGACGCCAGGCGUCUGGAAGCCUCCUUCCUGGCCUGGAAGCCCUGACCCCGGCCUGUCUGUAGAAUCUCCCCAGUUCCUUCACAGCUGCCGAGUCCUCUCGUGGGCACGGUGGAGGCGGCCUUGCGGGUAGCGCUUUCCGGGCAGCCGGGGGUUCCCGGAUAGGACUGUCCCGCUGGGGCUGUGGCACCGAAGUGCCUGCUGGCUUCAUGUGGCCCUUUGCCCUUUCCCGGCCUGAGAGACACUCAAAGGUGGGGAGCCAGGGGAGCCACCCCUCGGCUGUUCCCGCCACCUCUGGGACAGGUGGCAGCCAGGCAGGUGUGGGCAGGUGAGGGCCGAGGCUUCGCUCCUAAGCCCACCUCCUCCUCCUGUCGCCUUCGAUUUUCGGCCAAGUCUGGGCAGGUGCCACCGGGAAGGAACGGCGUCCGAGAUGCUGGGCACGGCGCGGCUGAGGGGGCCUUGACAUUGCUGGCGGGGCCUGGACACGGGCAGCCGUGGGGAGGCAGGGAUGCCAAGGCCUGGAGCCACCGUGGAAGGAACUGAUCGAGGUCUGCAGAGGCGCGACGGGGCCCAGAAUCUGACCUUUCCUAGACUCUCCCUGAUAGUUUUGAUAAAGCAUGUUGGUAAAACCACUACCCUCAGUGAGAACCCCUCCAACCAGGCUGUUACUCACCUGGGCUCCAGGACAUCUGUGGAAUUUGUAAGCUCUUUAAAAUCUGUAACUUGUCUAUUUUUUCAUUCUAAAUAAAACUUCAAUUUGCAGCUAA